UGCUAAAACAUAUCCAGCAGCACCAAGUGCAAAGAGGGGAGGCAGGGAGAGGGGAGAGGGGUCGAAGGCCAUGAAAGACCACUGGCUCGACGAUUCAAAUAAAUAGUUAACUGGGAAAAACAUGUAACUUAAAAAAGCAAUAAUCCCUCUCCCAAGCAAUUUAAACAACGACACGUUUUAAAUGAAGUGUAUUAAUUUACGAUACAAUAAUAAUAACUAAAGCAAAAGAAGAUUUUAACAUUGUCAAGGAUAUACUUCUCAACAAACGAUGCGCGAAUACUACGCCUUUGGGUUCAGUUCCUCUUUCUAAGUCGUCAGUGUUCAUUUUUACAUUUUAAAUCGUAAAGUUCGUGGCAAUUUCACUGAAGAGUGAUGAGUGGAGGUCGCUUUGAAUUUGAUGAUGGCGGAGCGUAUUGUGGCGGAUGGGAGGGAGGUAAAGCGCACGGGCACGGGAUCUGUACCGGACCUAAAGGACAAGGAGAGUUCUCCGGAUCCUGGAAUUACGGGUUCGAGGUGGUGGGAGUCUACACCUGGCCGAGUGGAAACACCUUCGAGGGGUACUGGUCGCAGGGAAAACGCCACGGUUUAGGUGUGGAGACCAAGGGACAUUGGGUUUACAAGGGAGAGUGGACCCACGGAUUUAAAGGGAGGUACGGAACGCGUUUUAGCCAAGGCAGCGGUGCCAAAUACGAGGGCACUUGGAAUAACGGAUUGCAGGACGGUUAUGGCACGGAGACAUAUGCGGAUGGCGGAACCUUCCAGGGCCAGUUUACAGGUGGCAUGCGACAUGGCUACGGCGUACGCCAGAGCGUCCCUUACGGCAUGGCCGCCGUGGUGCAGUCUCCUUUCCGAAACUCUCUAAGCUCCCUGAGAAGUGAACACAGCAAUGGCACACUACUGCAACAGGACAUACCGGUCAUCACCACCACAAAUGCAUCCGGCCAGGAAGCCUUGGUCAACACGCCCCUUGGGCCAUCCCGUGGUGGCUUUGCCCUCACCCUUCACGUUGACCCCGACGCUGUCAAGCCAAAGAAAAGAGGCCUGUUCCAGCGUGGCUCGCUGCUGGGCAAGCUGAAGAAAUCUGACUCGAGAACAUCUCUGUCCAGUCAGAAGAGCAAGAUCAGCUUUUUACGCAGCGAGUCGGCCCUCAGUUCCGCCGCCAGCGAUGCCAAUUCAACCAUUAGUCUGGGCGAAAGUGAAGGGGAGGGCGAGGGUCAUGAGUUUCCCCCCGUUGAGUCGGAUAUCGACGCCACCACCACUGAAGUCUACAUGGGCGAAUGGAAGAAUGACAAGCGCUCGGGUUAUGGGAUCAGCGAACGCUCGAGCGGGCUCAAAUAUGAGGGCGAGUGGAUGAACAACCAGCGUCAUGGGUAUGGAUGCACCACGUUCGCGGAGGGCGGAAAAGAAGAGGGCAAGUAUGUUAACAACAUGCUGGUGAAGUUGGUGAAGAAGAAGGUCAUUCAGUUGAAGGGCACCAAGAUAAAGCAGAAGGUGGAGCGAAGUCUGGAGGGAGCUCAGAGGGCGGCUGCCAUAGCCAAGCAGAAGGCAGAAAUCGCCAACUCAAGAACGGCUCAUGCCAAAACCAAAGGAGACGCCGCAGAACAAUCCGCGCAAGCAGCCAACAACGAAUCUAGCAUUGCCCGCGUGGUUGCCAGAGAGCUUUCUCCAUCUUUUUAUCAACCAGGUCCAGAGUAUCUGAAAAAGCGAGCCCUGCAGGAAGUGGCCGAGAGUAAUGAAAACGCUGACACAGGGAUGCACGAGCCCUUGUCAGCCGAAGAUUCCGCACCAACACCCCCGGACAGCCCAUUCAUGGAUAAGAAUGAAAGCCUGAGACCAGGCUCCGCCCCUGCGCGCACCCCCUCGCCGACUCCCGCCAUCGUCCCUCAGGCCUCCAGCAAGGAAGCUCCAAACCUACUGAGUCCUGGUAGCUGGAACGGAGACAAGACCAGCAGAGGCAGCAGUCGAACAGGUAGCAGGCCGAGCAGCAGACCCAGCACACCGUCCUCCAACCAUGCCGCUCCACCUGCCCUCGCCCCCGAGGACCGGGUCCCGUCCCGUCCCCCCAGCCGCCAGAGCACCAAAGCCGAGCAGGGAUCCGACAUGGAAAUCAAAGCCCUGCAGAAACUGAAGAUGGAGUCAAAAGCGGCGGAAGCCGCCCCUGCCGCCACACCGGUAAGAACCAGCCUCGUCGUUUCUACCAACGACGAAGAACCGCCUCGCCCCGCCUCCAAGCCACCGCCUAAAGCGGUCACUCCUGAGAUGAAGCCAACUGAAGUCAAAAGCAGGGCUGAAACAAAGGAGCUCGUAUAUGAGCUUCCGGCCUCUGUGAUGGAAAGCAAGCCACAGUCCAGGACAGAGGUCAGGGAGGAGAAGAAAGCAACCAACAAAUUAGAGUCGAAACCUUCACCGAAACGAGAACCAAGCCCUGCCCCUAAAGCUGCUCCGAAGCCUGAGCCCAAGCCAGAGCCUAAACCAGAAUCUAAACCUGUUCUCAAGCCGGUUGCGAAACCAGUUGGCAAGGUGGAGGCCAGGAAUGAAAUGAGGCAGAGGUCAAUGGUGAAAGCCCCCAGUGAAACGACACAGGAGUCGAUGGAGCUGGAUGAGGGGCCGAACACGAUUAUGAUCUGCAUGGUUAUAUUCCUGAACAUUGGUUUGGCCAUUUUGUUUGUUCACAUUUUGUCUUGAGGCAACAAAGCCUAAGCCAAAACCACCCAGGUGAAAGAAUGUAGCGUGUGGAGCUGUGAGGAUGCGGCGCGCUGCAUUAGCAGCUCUGUUGUUGUGAUAUCGAGUUUCAGAAAGGCCCUCCUGAGCUGCUCUAAAGAUGGCCGCCAUCUGCAGUUGGACUGAGUUGUGCGUCUCCGUGUCUGACCGUGAGAGAGAAAAGCAUUUGUACACAUUUGCUUCGAAGGACACCGCUGCAUUUAACAGUUCUGUGGAAGUCCAACUCCAUUUGCUUGUCGGUAGAGAAACAUAAAAUUAAGGAAUAAUCUGUUGUAAGGGCUACUUUGUAUUGUGUACAUUUUAAAAAUCGCAUAUCUAAUAGGAUUUCACUUGGCAUUUAAUAUUCAUAUUUGGAGAAUAAACAUAAAUACAGUUAUGACAUAAAAUGGGUCAAUCCUGUUUUUUAUCCUUGAAUUUUAGUGUAAAACUUGCCAGUACACCAUUAUACCAACGUUUCAUACUGUUUGGUUUUGAAAUUCUAUAUGGAAAUGCACAUUUGAUAAAAUGUCUUAAAAUCCCCCCUCCAUAAUAAAGAGCAACAUGACUGUAAAAUAAAAGUGUACCAUUAAAACCUGCAAGUAUUUUCACAGUGAAAGAACAAAUAGUUGUACAGUAUUCAUUGAUAUGGAUACUUUGAUCAACUUUGCUUAUGAACUAUAUCAUGAAAUGCUUACAAAAAUGCUGUGGGAAAGUUCUACUGAAAGAAAGGUAUAAUUAAGACAAACACCAUGAAGGUAUCAUACUUUCUGCAACCGUCCUCUACAGAUCUAAUGGGUCUCCAAUAGUUGGUCUGAGACGUUGAACAAGCAUCUAAAAAAUACAACCUUUUACUGAAUGGAACAUGACAAAGUGUGUUACUGUGAAUUUGUGACACUUGUAAAGAUGGUGUCAGUUUGUGCUUGAAGUUCUUCCGCAUUUUUCUGCCUGUAUUAGAAAUAAAAUAGUAUGCAACAAUGUUUAAACCGGGCUGUGCAACAAACUCAGUGAAAAUGUAUGUGUCCUAAAUUUUAUAUGCAUGUGCGCACAUUUGUGUUUUUGUACAUUUCUUAAUUAUUAACUUUCCAUCAGCACAUUUGUUCUGGAAAUGCAAAUUUCAUAGUUUUAUAUUGUAGUUUAACCAACACAGAAUAGCAAAUAAUACAUCGCACGUGUGAAGAGAUUAUAUUUAAUGAAACUCGAGGUCUUACAGAUAGUAAGAACUCUCCAACAAAAUGUUAUUUGUUUAAUAAAUAAAGGGAUAUAAAUGUAUCUAUCUAAACUCAGUAUUAGGUCAAAUCUUUUUUGUUUAUUCUAUAGAGCUCAAGUUACAAAUAUAGGUUUUUCGAUUAAACAUCCCCAGCGAAAUAUACGUUGCUGUACAGUAUGUACUAGCUUUAAUAUCAUUAGACUGUUUUAGUGUUAUUUUAUUCAUAUUGUUUCAAGAUGUUCUAACAAAAAGCUCAUGUAUAAAGUAAAAAGAGAAUUGUAGACGCACAAUCAUAUUGCAAUAACCAUUUCACUUCAAACAUCAAAUUCAAAUAAAUGUUUUUCAUCUGCAAAGCCGUCAUUUUCUUGACUUUUCUUUUUUUACAACUUGACAUUGUUUCAACGCAUCUCUGAAUUGUCUGCAGUUUGAAUUUUCCUUUUGACCAUUCAAACCCUUGAGACUUGACUACCGUCAACGUUGUAUCUUCUUAUAUCCAAGGAGAGGCAAACAAGGGAGAACAAAGAAUAUAUAUUUAAACUCCACCUGUCCAAUAGUUUGACAUAUCCUCCCCUGACAGGGUCUGAAUGCCAAGACCAAUUUUAGAUUAGGGUGGUGGACUGGUCACUCUUCACGUCUCUUACCCUGGAACAAGGUAAGUACAUUUCCCAUUCACUUGGAUAAACCUAGUGCUCUUUUGCCAAGACUGUAGUAUUAACUGUUUGCCUAAACAGUAGUAUUAAGUAAUGUUAUAAGCAAUAGACAGCCUACACCAGAGACUGGAUGAGAACUGACAUUUACACUGCAACACUGCCCCCUGCAUGAAACACUUCAAAACAGACAAAACUGAACUGUGAUGUGGGGCAUUUCCAAGCUUAACUAUUUUAAACAGUUAAUGAAAUAAUAUUUCUAGGUUAGACUCCUGUAUGAGCCUAGAAACAAUUAGGGAACAACAAAUGUUAAAUAAAUACCUAAAACUAGAGGCCAGUUGCAUAUUCACUCCAUGUCCCAUUUGAAGUCUGAAAUCUUAAAUUAUGAUUCACACUCAAAAUUCUUGUGUUUCAAUUACAUACAACUAGUAUUGAACGAGUUGGGCAAAGUUUUGCUUGAGUAGUCUGUUGUCUUCAAUCCAAUCAUUGGGUUUUUAGUCAUAUUAUAGUGAUAAUUCUCCUAAAACCAAAGUAAUGACAACAAGACACAUUACAAGCUUAAUUUAUUAGGAUUUAAGUGGAAUUGACCUUUUAGUUAAGUUCAGAACUGAAAGGAGAGUAAAGAACAUACAAAAGUGAAAGACAGGAAACAUUAAGAAGCAAAAGAAGAAAAC